UUCUAUUGAAAACAAACAAACAAAAAACUGAAACCAAACCUCCAUUUUCAGACAAAAUAACAGCUUCAUACACCUUGUAGUUGAUGAGUCUCAGUCAGGAUUUACCACAGCCAUCUUCAACCAGCCGUUUAACUGGUGACCAGUAAGGGUGUCAGGAUUGGGUGUAAAAGCAGGACCCACUAAAGGUUUAAUCUUUCCAUCAAUGAUGGGUCACGGUCCACCACUUUGGUCCAUCAGAGAAUCAUCGAGAAGUUCAACAAAUAUUUUUCAGUGACAGAUUGUAAAGAACUUCUACAGAGCAGAAUGUUGGGAAGAGAUUCAGGAAGUCUGGGAAAACCUCAGACUGGAAAGAAGGAUAGAAACCACUGUUAGAUGAUCAGAAUCUUCCAGUCUUCAGGCAGCUCUGCAGUAGAAACAGACAUAUGGAGCCCACCACCGGUUCCAGAACUAAAACUUGAAUUACACAAGGAGGAAAAUCCACUAAUCAUGGGGCUGGAGGACGUCAUGAGGCUGGAGGACAUCAUGGGGCUGGAGGACAUUAUGAGGCUGGAGGACUUCAUGGGGCUGGAGGACGUCAUGGGGCUGGAGGACGUCUUGGGGCUGGAGGACAUUAUGAGGCUGGAGGACGUCAUGGGGCUGGAGGAAGUCGUGGGGCUGGAGGACAUCAUGGGGCUGAAGGACGUCCUGAGGCUGGAGGACGUCAUGGGGCUGGAGGAAGUCGUGGGGCUGGAGGACGUCAUGGGGCUGGAGGACGUCUUGGGGCUGGAGGACAUUAUGAGGCUGGAGGACGUCACGGGGCUGGAGGACGUCGUGGGGCUGGAGGACAUCAUUGGGCUGGAGGACGUCUUUGGGCUGGAGGACGUCAUGGGGCUGGAGGACAUUAUGAGGCUGGAGGACGUCAUGGGGCUGGAGGACAUUAUGAGGCUGGAGGACAUCGUGGGGCUGGAGGACGUCGUGGGGCUGGAGGACAUUAUGAGGCUGGAGGACAUUAUGAGGCUGGAGGACGUCAUGGGGCUGGAGGACAUUAUGAGGCUGGAGGACAUCGUGGGGCUGGAGGACGUCGUGGGGCUGGAGGACAUUAUGAGGCUGGAGGACAUUAUGAGGCUGGAGGACAUCAUGGGGCUGGAGGACGUUAUGGGGCUGGAGGACGUCACGGGGCUGGAGGACGUCAUGGAGGACCACUACACACUGCUGAGGAACUGACAUCCUGGAUUUUUGUCUUUGUUGUUUAUAAACAACUGAAAUAAUGACUCAUCAGUUUCAGUCGUGUGAUCAAUUAGUGAAUCAGCCAAUUAUGUCAGGAAAUAAUGAUUACAUC